CUGUCAUCCAGAUAUUUGUUUAUCAAAGGAAAUCUGUGGAAGGAAAUUGAAAAAGGAAAACAUGAAAAAUGAAAAGUCCAGAUUCUAAUAUUUGUCAAGUUGAAUAAAAAGUGAAACUGUAUGAAAAAUGUUUCAUAAAGAAACGUUUCUUAAACCUCAACCUCGAUUAGAUUUGAAAUGGUUGAAACUGGAUAUUCCAUCACUGUUCAGUAGUCAAGAGAAUUUGAUAAAUAACUGGAAUGAAUUGGUAGUGGAUGGAGAAUUAAUUGGGCCUUUUACUGAUGAAUUAGUUAAUUGUGUAGGGGUUGUAGCUAAGAAGGGCGAAUUGGGAAAGUUUUAUUGUGGACAAAAAGUGUUAACAUGUACUUGUUGUGAUGGAAUUUGUGGCCCCAGUAACGGCUGUAAUUGUCAGUCUUGCCAGAAACUAGACGCAGAAGAAGCUGAAAGAAAGAGUCAGUUGAAGGAAAGAAAUUCUUUGCCUUCAGUAGAUACCUUUCUAGGCAGAUGGUCAUGGGGGCCACAACCAACCAUAAAACAAUUGGAUGAAUGUAUGCAAAGCCUCAAUCAUGAAGUGAAAAAUGUUUGCCAUGAAGCCUUCUGUUCUACUUUAUCUAUUAGGAGACUACAAUGCCGUCUUAUGCUCUUCAAGAGAUUUUAUAUAUCUUUGAAUCGAAUACCCCAACAAACUAGUUGUACUGAAACUUCAAAAGAAAAACUUGAUGUAGCCGAGAUAUCUAUUAAAAAAACAAGAAGAAAAGAUUCCUCAGUCCAAAAUCCAGUUAUCAGUUUGGCAAGAGUGGGAUCUAGAGCUGCUCUUAAUUUUUCUUUUGCAUUUCUGAGGAGAGCUUGGAGAUUAGGAGAGGACAUAGAUCUUUGUAGUGAAUUAUUAACAGAAUCCCUUGAAGCUCUGCAGUUACUACCUGCAGCUACUUUAUUUGAUACUGACUCAGUUUCACAAGUAUGGUUGGAAGUUGUGGAAAGAUCCACAAAAUUUCUCAAACAAGUUAUUACUGGGGAGUUGAGUAAUUCCAGACAAACUUGUAAUAUCCCUAGGGAAGAUCAACAUACUUCUUUACUACUACUCUUAGAAUUGGCCUUACAAAGAGGGAAAUUGAGUUCUUUUCUUGAUGUCAUUCUCUUACUGUUGAAUUUGUGGAAUAAAAGAGCUAAUUUCAGUGAUAAUAGAGGAACAUCUGAGGUAGCUAGUGCACCUCUGCUUCCAUUUCUGAAAAAAUUCACCGAAAUUCAACCUUCUAACAACUUCACUCCGGAAUCUGAAGAUUUUCCAAGUUGCACUAAAAUUUACCUGGAUCUGACACCACUCCCCGAUGAUAAUUCCAUAGAAAUUGAUUUGAGACAAGCUGCCGUAUAUCUUUUAGCAUAUUUGGAUCGGCUUGCUGCCCCACAUAUUACCCCAUUGUCAUUCAAUAAGUCGUCCUCGAAUAAUAGCCAAAAGUUCUGGGGUUGGGGAAGAUGGGGCACAAGUAGCUGGUUAAUUGGAAACAGCCCGGUUAUUUUCGAUUGGAUCUCGGAAUUGAAGGUCAAACAGCUGUGCUGUUCCCAAAGCUCCAUUUUGAUUUUGACCUUCACAGGCAAUCUGUAUAGGGUUUAUUAUAUCUGCGAAACAGUGUGCCCUCUUUUAUAUGAUGCUUUCAAAGAGAAAGAAGUUAUUAAAAUCGCUUCUCAUCCAGAAGGGAAUCAUUUUAUGGCAUUGACUAAAGAUGGUGGGGUAUAUUCCUGGGGGUAUGGAGAUUGUGGAAGAUUAGGUCAUGGCGACAACGUGUCAAGAGAACAACCAACCCUUAUACAAGCUCUUACCAAUGUAGACGUUGUGGAUAUCGUAUGUGGAAGUUCUUAUAGCGCUGCAAUUUCAUCGAGCGGUGCCCUGUAUACUUGGGGAAGAGGUAACUACGGCUGUUUGGGACACGGCACUUCAGAACACGUACUGAUACCCACCAUUGUCUCUGCCUUGAGCGGUCAGCAUGUCGUGAAGGUCGCGUGUGGGCCAGACGAUCCGCAUACGUUGUGCGUAACCCUCGAUGGAAAAGUUUACAGCUGGGGCGAUGGAGAUUUCGGAAAGUUGGGUCGGGGUGGAUUCGAGGGCACCAAAGUGCCGAAACUCAUCGAUAAACUGCAGAAUGUGGAGAUUGUUGACGUUUAUUGCGGGGAUCAGUUCAGUCUUGCACUGUCGAAGGAUGGGAAAUUGUACAGCUGGGGUAAAGGGGAAGGUUGGAGAGUCGGUCAUAACAAAGAAGAACCUGUCAGGUUUCCCGAAUUGGUCGAGGCUCUACAAGACAAAGUCGUUGUCUCUGUCAGCUUGGGUUUGGGUCAUGUGAUGGCCCUCACGGAUACUGGUGAAAUUUAUUCUUGGGGUAAAAAUGAUAACAAACAGAUCAACGAUAGUCCCGACGCUUACAUUCAGAGACCCACCCUGAUAGAAUCUCUCAGAGGCGAAAGACUGACCGGCAUAUGUUGCGGACCGAAUCAAAGUUUCGCUUGGGCAGAUACGAACCAUAGCAGUAUAAAGUUAUCAGUUCCUUUCGUGAUCGAUCUCAACGAAUGUACAUUUAAGUUAAUAGAUCAGUUGUUGGAAUAUGUGGUUAUGAGUUGUCAUUCACUACAAGUGAAGGAGUGUAUCGCUGUUUCAGUAUUAAACUUACUUCAUCUUCAGUUAUAUAGUAUUAUUAGCAACAAUGUAUGUACGAGGAGCGUGAACCUAGAAGCGGGCAGUAAGCUCCUAUCUAACAUAAAAUCGCAAGUGGUCUAUCUGGCCAGUGGUGCCAACAUACCUCCAACCAUUCAAAAAGCUGCGCAAGAUGCGCUUCAAGCAGGUUGGAGCAUAUUGCUGCCCACGCCAAACGGUAGAGCAAGGACUUUGAGUUCGCUUCUGUUGCACACAGAUGUUGAACCGAAGAUGUGCAAGUCAGGCCAUCGCUUCAUGACUAAUUUGCUGGUUUGGAGUCUAAUGGCGGAUGGCGGGCUGGAGACGGCCCUGCAGGAAGCUCUGAAUACGGAACUGUCGGAUCUUCCAGAAGUGGAUGAGAACUUAGAUCAGCCAUCGACACAUGUUUCGAUACCUCUGCUUUACCUGGUUCGUCAACUGAUAAGAAACAUAAGCACAUUGACCCAGAGUUCAUUAAAGGAGUUUGCCAGCUCCAAUAAGUUCUCCAAAACUUCUUCACAUUCUCCUAGCCUCAACUUGCUGCUGAGAUUUCAGAGGCUGUUGAUAGGGAAUAUUCAUUCUCAGAACCAAGCAUGUCAGGAAGCAUCACAAAACCUACUGAUGACCUAUUUGGAGUGUUUCACUUCGCACAUCACGACUACUUUGAAUCAGGCCUAUGAUAUUAGUAUCUUGAGCAGCAAAAACUUCAUGUGUGUGUUGCAGAUCCUCAAAAGCGAUAUCGUGGGUUUCCUACUGCCAGAACUCAUAGUGAGCCUGAUACUUCUCGAGCAAGAUGUAGAGAUGUUUUUAUGUUCCCUAAACUGGCUCAAAAUAUUCGACGAGCUAUUAAAGUCGUUAGACAAAUUAUGUAGACUCAUACAAGACGUUGAAGCUUUCGAUAACGAUGACAUCUCUUGGCCUGGCGUAACUCAGAACAGGCCCAUCUUGCCUCAGAAAACGUUAGACGAUCUCCCUCUGAUCCGAAAAGCUGACCUUGAGAACCACAACAGGGAUGGGGGGUUAUGGGUGGUAUUGAAUAAUAAAGUAUAUGAUAUCCAAGAUUUCAGAUGCGAAAAUACGGCAUUCUCCGAACAGUUGCAGAAAAACGCUGGCAAAGAUGUUACACACAUAUUGAACUCCUCGCCCCAAAAGCACUGUUUAAUACAGCUUAUGGAAAGUUAUGUCGUUGGUAAUUAUUGCCAGCCCGAAUCUGAAAUUUCCUAUAACGAUCUGGACUCUUUACAAAUGUGCUCUACGCUAUUGGACACAGAAAGAUAUCUGGGGUAUCUGUUAGGUUUACAUGCGCACAACUUGCGACAAAGUAUACCUCUACAACAGGAUGAAAUUUUAUCGAAAGAAUGGUUGCAUGCUGAUUUUUUAACAGGAGGAUUACAGGUUGACCAGCCUCCAAGCCCCUUUGAAGAGGAGAAAGGUGAUUCGAGAAGUACCAAUUCAACUGCAGACAAUACACCGACAGAGCCUAAAGUCAAUAUGAGCCAAAAGUUCUUGAAACAUUUCCAGACACCAUUUGACAGAAUCAACUCUUUUAUAAACGCCCUAGCAGAGAGCAGAUUAUCUGAUCCAUACGUGAUAGCUUUCUUAGCUAUUGUAGAACAGCAUUCCAAGCAGAAUAAUUUCUUGACAAGAAUGGAUUUUUCAUUUGAGCAUCCAAUAGAAGAAAUAGCUAGGGUAUUAUAUGCUGUUUUGAUAAAACAUUUGGGAUUGGGAUAUAUACUGCUACCAAUCUUAGAUGCAUACUCAUCUCAACCGAAUGACUUCACUAGAAUGCCUAAAGCUCUUGGGGAAAUGAUAAAAGCGGUUCAUAAUCUGAAAUGGACUUUGAUUAAAGCUAGACAAGAACAUAACAAGAGCUACAAAGAAAUUUGUAUUCCGUUAUUAGAGAAAUGUAGAUAUUUAUUCUACGAAGUUAAACCCGCAAUAAGUGUUGAAACUGAAGCUUUCAAAAAAGUUAACAUACUGUACAAAGAACCUCGAGUCAGGACAUUAGUCAGGAAAGUGAUCAAAGAUUUGAAAUGCGGCAGUCAUACGUCUGAAAUUCAGAAACCGGAAGAUAUUGUAAACGCGACGAUACAAUCGCAAAGCUUGGACAGGCACAAAUCCAGCGAAGAUAUCACCAAAUCGUCGAUGAAGAGAACCUCUUCGGAUGGUAAGGUGAACGAAUCAAAGAGCGAAACAGACGACGUUAACAACGAAAUAAAGAAAGCUUCGGCUGAGAGUCGAGCUCUGGUGGACUCCUUGAAUUCCAACUCCUCGAACAGUAAAUGCGAUCAAAACAUCACGAAAAAUUCGGAACAUAAGACCGAGAUCGAAGAGAAGUGGAACGUCGAGAAUAUGGAACCUAAGUUGGAGCAAGGAGACACGUUGAAAGAAAAGAAAUCGGAGAACGAGAUCGCUCUUCAGAGUAUCGUGAAUAAAUUGACUGAAAAACAGAUGAAGAAGAUUUCGAAUGAGAACAUCGGACUGAUUAGUAAUAUAAUAGAUUUUGUUCAGACCAACUGCGAUGUUGAGAGUUUACGUAAAGCUAUGUAUUGUCAGGUACGACGGUAUAAAAUUCGUAAAGAAGGAUUGGACCUCAUGAAGCACCUACUGAACAAAACAGACCUCCUAACUUCUGUAAAAUACGGCAUAUUGAAUGGAUAUCUAAAUUUAGAUAGAAAAACUAACAACAUGUGCCACUGCUUGGAUGAUACCCAGCUUGUGACACCUUAUCUGAAAACCGAACUCUUGCUAUCUCAACUAGCCAUCACUGAAUGGUGCAUCGCGAAUCUUAGGCUCUACGUGUUAAGGGAUACCAUAACGAAAACGACUAAAAUGAAAGGGCUCAGCGCUAAAGUGACGCUGAACCUCGGAACCUAUUCCCUUCUGCGCGAUAUACCCAGAGCAAGAAUGCUGUUAGCCAUUAUAGGGAUGUUGGCUUCCACUAGGUACAUUUCACUCGAAUUAAGUCCUUUAGUUAACAGCGGAGUUAUCAGUUCUGUGUUGUCGCUCCUGAAACAAACUGGAUGCGACCAGAGCAUUGUGAGGAAGGUGUCGGAGUUUUACGUGCUCUAUGCUGACAUGAUAGAAAGCAACAAACCCAAGAAUAGUGUUUUGAGCGGUCCGGAACUUGCCGGUUUGAUGAAAUUAGGUACCAAGGUCAUAAGAGGCGCUGAUUGGAAGUGGGGAGAUCAGGAUGGAAAUCCUCCUGGAGAAGGUAGGGUAGUGGGAGAGCUCGGAGAUGAUGGAUGGGUGAGAGUAGAAUGGGCAAAUGGAACGACAAACAGUUACCGUAUGGGAAUCGAAGGAAAAUACGAUCUGACUUUGGCAUGUCCACCAUCCCCAGUAACCUCUGAAUCUGAAAUAGAGGAACCAAGUGAAAAAGGUUCACAACUGGUUAAAGACAAUCAACUCAUUAAACUCAUCAGAACAUCAAGCAUGAAUUUUCUCCGUAACAUCGCAAUAAGUGCUGGAUUAUCAAGCGCAACACUGCAUCCAAGUACGAUGCAUGGGUUAAGCAGUCUCUUCUGUUCCACCUUGAACUCUUACAGUCAAGAGUGGUGCAGUUUAACUUUAAUCAAAAGUAUAGCGCAGACGCCACAGCUAUGCAGGGCCUUUAGCACAAAGCCUUGGAUCAACAUGCUACUAGACCUUUUUUCAGCUGGGUCUAAAGGUGGAAACGAGCAUAAUUUGCCUAAUCAGAUUUUGGCUAUAAGACUUCUUCAAACAAUACUUGUGCAAUGGGAUAUGGACAAUCCAGAAAUCACACCGUUGUUGGAGAGACUUCUAAACAUACUCGGCAAAAUUAUACUGACCUGUGUAUACGAUACGGGGAACAAACCAAACUCUUCAACGAAAUCUCUGGUUCUUCUUACCCAGUCACAUAGCAGCACUCUCGCUCAGGAAAUAAUCAACUUGCUAAGGCUUCUGCACACUUUCAACGGAUGGAACCAAGUUCUGAAUUCUAUGCUGAUGCAGAAACUGAAUCUUGCCGCAUAUUUCUUGAGUGGCAACUGCUUCCAGCCUGUGAUUAACGACGGAAUAUCCAGCGAUCAGCAACAUUACUCCGUCAUUGCCUGUUUGAACAUCAUUGGAGCGUGGGACUUGAGACCAAGGAUAGGCGCUGUUGUAGAAGUUGAUAACGUACAGGGCACUGUAUUUAAGGUUUCACCUAAAGGUAAACUAUGCUUACAGAUUCACAAUAGUGGAGAUAUUAAAAAGGUACCAGUGAAUAAUCUCAAGGUGAUGGCUACGUUGGAAUUCAAUUUCGAUAAAAUGCCGAUCAAUGAAAACUUCGUGAAAACCUGGGCUUCCCUAGUGAUGUAUCAGUCGGUCUCGUGGAAUUCGCAAGAAAAAAAAUUUUCGCAUGGCCUGAUCAAUGUCAACUAUUUACGGAAUCAACAGUACACCCUCAGCAUUUUAAACGCCACGAGAAUCCUUCAAACCAAUCAGUAUAAAUUGAGGAAAGUCCUUAAGUUUGUUGUGAACGGAAUGGAUCAAUCUCAAGAGCAGCAGUCGAUCGAGGAAGAACUCAAUCAACAACCCGUACUUUUGAUUCAAAAAAUGCUGGUCAAAGCCACCCAGCCCAGUCCUCUGAAACCCGGCUUCACCCUCAAGGAAAUGCAACUGGCAGCUUUGAAUCUCAGUCAAUACCUGGCUGCAGAGGGUAUAUUUGAGGCUCCCUCGACCAGUGCGGCCGUCGAGAAGAAUUCAUUCAAGAACGGCAACAAGUGCAACAGUGAAUUGGCCACGCCGAACAGCGAAACUUCGGUGAAGAGCGUGGUGAGCGAAAAGACGAAUAAACGAAGGGAGAUGGAGGAAGAUCUACCCUCACAUCCACUGAUCUCGCCGAUUGUUGAGAUGGGGUUCACCAAGAAGGCCGUCGAAAAUGCGAUCAAAAUUUUAUCGAUUGAGGGGGACAAUAUCACGAAUCCUGAAUCAGUGGUAGCUUGGCUUUUGGAACACCCCAAAGUCGCAACCUCGGAGAGUGAAUCUACUAGUUCCGUUUAUGAAUCUGACACUGAGUCUGUGUCGUAUGCGGAUGGAACUGCUGCUCAAUCAUCAGCUCCAUAUAAUGAAGAAGGUUCGUCUAAAACGCAAACCUUCUGUAGAAGGUCUCAGUUCCUAUCGAACGACGAGUAUGCAAUGUACGUGAGGGACAAUGUAGAAGUGGGCAUGUUGGUCAGGUGCUGUAAAAGUUACGAGGAAGUAGAGUUGGGCGAUAUCGGAAAAGUGGUGAAAAUAGAUAGAGAAGGGUUACACGAUCUCAAUCUUCAGGUGAACUGGCAACACCGAUUGGGAACCUAUUGGGUCAGGUUUAUACAUGUAGAGUUGCUUGGGUUUCCCCCCUCUCUCCCAACGCCAUCUUCUGUUAAGGUUGGCGAUAAGGUUAGGGUAAAAUCAACUGUCACAACUCCCAGAUAUAAGUGGGGAUGCGUGACGCAUGACAGUGUUGGAGUUGUAACUGCAAUCUCUCCGAACGGACACGACUUGACCGUGGAUUUCCCUAAACAGCCAAAUUGGACCGGAUUGAUUUCAGAAAUGGAAAUUGUGCCUUCUUGCCACGAUGGUGUCUUCUGCAAUAGUUGCUGUAUGAAACCUAUUAGAGGUCCGCGUUUUAAAUGUAAAGUUUGCGAAUCUUUCGAUUAUUGCGAGAAUUGUUUCUAUACCAAAAGGAACCACAGGCACUCGUUCAGUAGGAUAAACGAACCAGGAUCGCCUGAAGUUCAGGCCGGUAAGCCUGGAAAAUAUUAUCGCCACGAUAUCGAAGGUGAUGGAGUGGUUUUGACAGAGUGGUACAGGUGCGUGAGAACCACCACUGUAUCAUCAAAGAGCGGUCUGAUACUCGAUAUACCAGGCUCUGUAUGGCAAAGUUGCGGUGCUCAAGGAAAGCACUGGAUAAGGCUGGAGAUAUACCCGGAUAUCAUAAUAAAAUCAUUGAAAAUGGGCGUCGAUCCAGCUGACAACAGCUAUAUGCCAUCGUGCGUUGUCGUGAAUGGCGGAACUAGCAUAAGUGCUCUCACCGAAUUGAAUGUUGUCAAUAUAAAGAACCAUGACACGAGCGUUGUGUUGCUAUCCAACAUGGAAAAGCAUUAUCCAUUGAUCGAGAUAAACAUCAUCAAAUGCAGAAAUAAUGGAAUAGACUGCAAAGUACACGGAAUGUCCAUUGUUGGAAUGAAGAAACAAGCGUUUGGUGAAUUGAGAACAUCGGUUUCUUUCUUGGCAAACGACUGGGAUCUCGCACAAGAACCCGCUCCUACUGCUGCUCAUGGGGGGCUAGAUAAUAAUGGAGAAGCCUCAAAUUGUAAAGUUUACGUAUGGGGACUGAACGAUAAAGACCAGCUUGGGGGAAUGAAGGGAUCCAAGGUUAAACUUCCAGUUUACAGCGACUUCCUCAGUGAAUUAAAGCCAUUGCAUAUAGCUGGUGGUUCCAAAUCUUUAUUCGUAGUGUCUCAGGAAGGAAAAUUAUAUGCCUGUGGUGAAGGUACCAAUGGACGGUUAGGACUUGGUCAUAACAACAAUGUUCCAUACCCGAGACCCAUUCCUUUCUUGAGCCAAUAUGUAAUCAAAAAAGUGGCCGUUCAUUCUGGUGGAAAACACGCCAUGGCCUUGACAUUAGAUGGGAAGGUCUUCUCUUGGGGUGAAGGUGAAGAUGGAAAAUUAGGUCACGGUAACAGGCUCAACCUGGACAAACCCAAGAUGAUAGACGCUUUAAAGAGUAAAAAAAUAAGAGAAAUCGCAUGCGGUAGCUCUCACUCUGCUGCCAUAACUAGCAACGGAGAAUUAUACACAUGGGGACUUGGGGAGUACGGCCGUCUUGGACACGGUGACAAUGUCACCCAAUUAAAACCCAAAAUGGUCAAAGCGUUAGCAGGUCAUCGUGUAGUCCAGGUGGCUUGUGGUUCGAGAGAUGCUCAGACCUUGGCACUAACUGACGAAGGUCUGGUGUUUUCUUGGGGAGAUGGAGAUUUUGGAAAAUUAGGUCGUGGCGGAUCUGAGGGAUGCAACGUACCACAUAACAUCGAGAGACUGAAUUCACUCGAAGUGGUCCAAAUUGAGUGUGGCGCUCAGUUUUCCUUGGCCCUCACUAAAAAGGGAGAGAUAUGGACGUGGGGGAAAGGGGACUAUUUCAGGUUGGGUCACGGGAAUGAUCAACAUGUUAGGAAACCGACUGUUAUAGAAUCUUUGAAGGAAAAGCAGAUAAUCCACGUGGCUGUGGGUGCUCUGCAUUGUUUAGCGGUUACAGAUAACGGACAGGUGUAUGCUUGGGGGGAUAACGAUCAUGGUCAACAAGGAAAUGGAUCUACGAUGGUGAACCGAAAGCCCGCUUUGGUUCAUGGGUUCGAAGACGUCCACAUCAACAGGGUAGCUUGCGGUAGUUCGCAUUCCAUCGCCUGGACGUUACAGGAUACCCAGAACAAUGCCAAAAUAGAACCGGUCAUUUUCCCUGUUGCGAAAGAUCCGCUUGGAUCGUCCAUAUUAGGAUUAUACGAUGGUGAAAAAACGAAUUCUAGGAACAAUAAGAACGCGCCCAGCCUGUCUUCGAUUGUUAUGUCCCUUGAAAGUAACACCGCCAAGCAGCAGGCCCUGCAGCAUAUUUUGAACGCGAUGCAUAUACACCAGCUUCGACAGGCGAUUGUCAAGGCACUUCGGAGUCACACCAACAUGAAGAAUAACGAGACCAAGAUUCAGACACCUGAUAUUAAUCCUGAAAAAUCUGGCGCAAACUCAAUCAUUCUCAACAAUACGGAAAUAGCUCUUGGGGGAGGUGAAGCACCAGUAUCUUUUGCAGAAAUGGCUGCCAUGAAUAGCCACCCAGCCACCCCUGAGACAGAGGAUAAUCAACUAGCUUUGAUGCAGUCAAUGACAGCGAGCAGUUGUUCUGCUAGUCUUUCCUCUAAGCAUUCCAGGAUGUCGACCAGUGCAAUGUCAGUGAUUGCAGCUACCCUCACUUCACACGCUGAAGUUAUCGGUGAUGAUGGCGGUACCUCUGGUCUCGAUGAUUUCACAUCGUUACUGAAUGAGAGUGAUGCGCGCCUACUUGUGGAUUUAUUGAAAUUAGCAGUGGCUGACAGGGUAGAAAAUGACCAAUCAGAGGAGAUACUAUCGUCGAUUUUGAUAACCAUGGGAAGCAAUAAUCCUUCAAUUGGUGCAAUGUUACUUGAAAUUUGUAUAACCGAAUUAGAAGACACAUCGAACAGUACUCAAUCUCUGACCAGUGCUCCUCGUCCUGUCGUUCAAGAAUCUAGUCAUCCCUAUGUGGAUGAUGUCACUCUUAAAGGUCAUGUGAGACUACCUGGAGCAGAUGCCCUCAGGGUAGAGUUCGAUUGUCGAUGCUCUACUGAAAGAAGACAUGAUCCCCUAACAAUCACAGAUGGAACUGGUAGAAUUGUCGCUACUAGAUCGGGAAGAGAACGUGCUGAGUGGUCUUCAGAAUUGAGAAUUCCUGGUGAUGAACUACGUUGGACUUUCACCAGUGACAGUUCUGUGAAUGGUUGGGGAUGGAAGUUCACCGUUUAUCCGGUAACUUCAAAUCAUGGUACUAAGGAAUUAGGAUCAGAUAGAGCUGUCUUGAGUCAACCGUCCAUUGAUAUGGUGAUAAAACUGCUCGAUCCAAAACUCUAUCAGUCUGCAAAUUCACUCCUGAUGUCCAGGUUAGCCGCAGCUUUGGCUUCUUGUUCUCAAUUGAACAGCCUUUCUGCCGCCCAGAGGAUGUGGUCCAUAAAAAAAUUGCACAAGCUCUUGAUGGAGACGGAAGAAAACCUGAGUGCAACGAAAUUUCAGAUACAAAUACUUAAAGCACCUGAUAAUGCCCUAGAAGUCCUGUUCAAAGAACUUCCGAAAGCUAUUUUGAGACAGUAUGAAUAUGAAGAUGUUUCUGUGAGAGCUGGCUUGCAUUUGAUGCAUUCAGACUUCUUCAAAGCACUCAUAGCCUUAGCUUGCGACCUCGAAAUGGACCAGUGGGACCAAAUUCUUGAUAAUCACAAAUGGUCGUGGUUCAGACGUUAUUGUUCCGUCGCGAGAAUAGCAAAAUCCCUGAUACAUCGCACGCCAUUACCUCAAUCUUUCUGCGAGGAUGUAAGGAAGAAGUUAGCCGAUAAAGAUUACGAUAGAGGGGAUUAUUGGGAUCAUGAAAAACACUCUAUAUUCAAAAAGGAACACGAUGAACAACUCCUCAUUUGGUUGAAUCGGAAACCAGAAGACUGGACCUUGUCUUGGGGUGGUUCUGGAACCAUUUAUGGGUGGGGCCACAAUCAUAGAGGACAACUCGGCGGUAUAGAUGGCGCUAAAGUGAGAGUACCGACUUCUUGCGAGGCUCUUUCGUCUCUUAGACCAAUUCAACUUCUUGGAGGAGAACAAACUUUAUUUGCUGUUACCACAGAUGGAAAAAUAUACUCCACAGGUUAUGGAGCAGGAGGAAGGUUAGGUGUAGGCGGUACUGAUUCCGUCUUGGUACCUACUUUGAUCGAAUCGAUUCAGCAUAUAUACAUAAAAAAAAUCACGGUGAAUUCUGGAGGGAAACAUUGUCUCGCCCUUUCCUCAGAAAACGAUGUAUACUCUUGGGGCGAAGGGGAUGAUGGAAAAUUGGGACAUGGAACUAGAACCUCUUGCGAAACUCCCAAACACAUUGAGGCAUUGCAGGGUUACGAAGUAAUUGAUAUAGCAUGUGGGGGCGCACAUUCGGCUGCAAUUACUAGUUCGGGGCAACUUUUCACUUGGGGUAAAGGGAGGUACGGUCGUUUAGGUCAUGGAGAUAGUGAAGAUCAACUGAAACCAAAACUUGUGGAAGCUCUCUUGGGUUACAGGGUGAUCGAUGUAGCUUGUGGGUCAGGAGAUGCGCAAACCUUAUGUAUAACUGACGAUGACAACGUAUGGUCUUGGGGGGAUGGGGAUUAUGGAAAAUUAGGGCGAGGAGGAUCGGAUGGCUGUAAGAUACCAAUGAAAAUAGAGAGCUUGGCUGGUUUAGGCGUUGUCAAAGUCGAAUGUGGCUCCCAGUUUUCAGUUGCCCUUACCAGAUCGGGAAGUGUUUACACUUGGGGUAAAGGUGACUACCAUAGACUUGGACAUGGAUCCAGCGAUCAUGUGAGACGUCCCAAGAAAGUUUCGGCUCUUCAGGGUAAAAAAAUCAUUUCUAUCGCCACCGGUUCACUCCAUUGUGUUGCGUGUUCCGAUGAAGGGGAAGUAUUCACUUGGGGGGAUAACGAUGAAGGUCAACUGGGUGAUGGUACUACAAAUGCUAUACAAAGACCACGACUCGUGUCUGCAUUACAGGGUAAAAAAAUAACGAACGUGGCUUGUGGCUCAGCGCACACUUUGGCCUGGUCGACUUUGAGUUCUGGUUCAUCUUGUGCCGUACCAGUAAUAACUCCACUUGAAUAUGACCUUCUUCAAGACAUUCCUGCCACCGUUUUACACAAGCGACUGAUAUUGUUACAUCACUUCUCGGAGUUAAUUUGUCCAUGCAUUACAAUGUUCCCUAUAACUGGAGCCGAAUCGUUACAUGAGCUACGUACCAUUCUGAUUUAUUCCAUAAAGGAAGCUACGUUUAGGAAAGUUGUUCAAUCCACAAUGGUAAGAGAAAAACACCACGGCCCUAUUAUAGAACUGAACCGUAUUCAAGUCAAACGCUCCAGAUCUAAAGGAGGUCUCGCCGGUAUUGAUGGAAUGAAAUCGGUAUUUGGACAGAUGGUUCAGAAAUUACCUUUGUUAACAUCAGAAACCUUGGCAUUGCCGCACCGCGUGUGGAAGGUUGAAUUCGUAGGUGAAAGUGUCGAUGAUUGUGGAGGGGGCUACAAUGAAAGCAUAACCGAGAUGUGCGAAGAGCUCCAGAACGGUUCCUUGCCACUCCUUAUACCUACCCCGAAUGGUAGGGAAGAAGCUGGCGCCAAUCGAGAUUGCUUCAUAUUGAAUCCGACUGCCAAAUCUUGUCUUCAUCUGAACAUGUUCCGUUUCCUUGGUGUACUGAUGGGUAUAGCGAUCAGAACAGGAUCUCCACUGAGCUUGAACCUCGCCGAACCCGUGUGGAAGCAAUUGGCUGGGAUGGAACUAACUCCUGCCGAUUUAACAGAAAUCGACAGAGAUUAUGUACCGGGCCUUCUCUGCAUCAGAGAUAUGGGACCCGACGAACCCCUGUUCCAAAAUUUGGAGAUGCCUUUCAGCACACCUUCUUCCUGUAGUGUAGACAUUCCACUUAGUACAAAAUAUAAAAAGAUAACCUACGAAAAUAGAUUAGAAUAUGUUCGUCUUGCCUUGAACUUCAGACUUCACGAAUUCGAUGAACAGAUUAAAGCUGUUCAAGAUGGUAUGUCUAGAGUUGUGCCAGUCCCCUUGUUAUCUCUGUUCAGUGGAUAUGAACUUGAAACGAUGGUGUGUGGUUCCCCUGAUAUUCCACUGUCUCUCUUGAAAUCCGUAGCUUCAUAUAAAGGAAUUGAUAGUUCAGCGCCAUUAAUACAAUGGUUCUGGGAGGUCAUGGAGGAAUUCACCAAUCAAGAGAGAUCCUUGUUUUUGAGGUUUGUAUGGGGCCGAACCAGGCUACCUCGCACAAUUGCCGAUUUCAGAGGACGAGACUUCGUAAUUCAGAUCCUGGACAAAUACACUCCGCCAGAUCAUUUCCUUCCAGAAAGCUACACUUGCUUUUUCCUGCUUAAAAUGCCUCGGUAUUCCUGCAAGCAUGUGCUACAACAGAAGCUCAAAUAUGCGAUCCACUUCUGCAAAUCCAUAGACAAAGAUGAAUACGCUCGAGUGGCAAUGGCUGGAGACCUAGCUGUAAGUUCGAGUUCAGACAUAGAAAGUGAUCAGGAGAUGGACAGCAGUAAUUGAUCUGCGUGUGCCAUCUCCAGUCCAAACUUUUGAUCGAUAUACUUGUAUCUUUUUUCAUUUUUAAUAUACCUACUUCGAAUUAUGAUGUUAAUGCUUGAGGGAUCGGUCCCAUGAUUUUUUUUUUAUCGAUAUCGUUUGUUGGUUUUUGAAGCCUUUGAUUUAAAAGAAAUUAUAGUUGACUCUUUUUAUGUGAUAUAAUUUAUUGAAUUAUAGAGGAACUUCCUUUUGCCCCACACAGUGAAAAAAUGUAUUUCGUUAAUGCGAUGAAAGUAGAAUCGAAUAAGUAGAGGGUAGAUAUUUAUCUUAGUAAUUGAACGAUACUUUUUUGAUUUUCAUAUUUCCGUUUUUAUUUUGUGCAGUUUUGCAGUAUUUCAAUAAAAAUAUAACUAGUCGAAUUAAAUUUAUAUUGAGAACAACAGGAAUCGUGUAUGUAUUGGCUUCUUUCACGAAAUAUAAGUUGAUUUUCAUUCGGAAAAUGAGCACAAGCUAAAUGUCACAAAUUGUAUCUACUUAUAUUCAUUUAAAGAAAUACAAUGUGAAAGGAAAAGAAAUUAUUUUGAAUUAUUACUCAUGUAAUUUCGAAGCAAUAUACUUUAUAACAACAGAAAAA